CGUCCCACCCGCUGCAUGUGCUGGACUGUACAUUUUGCCUGCGCUAACGCUUUAACCAUGACACAUGCACGCACUAUUCGACAACCCUUCUCACGCGCUAUUGUUUGCAUAGUGAAAUUUACAUCCCGGCGCCAAUUCAAAAUUAAGGGCUUGGGAACCCAAAACUGGCUGGGCCUAGCUUCGUUGGCAUGGACAUCUCCAGAGCUUUAUAAUAAUUUAACUCUCCCUAUCGUGCACCCAAACUCUCUCGCCCCUUCCCUUCUUCAACCCUCCUUUUCUCCUUCUUCUUCUCUUCUGUCAAUGGCGAAUGCCUUGAACCAAACAAAUAUACCCACAUUUAAUGGCAAAGAGAGAAAAAGCUACCAAGAUCCUUUGAUGGGAAAUGCAUUGCAUGAACCUUUACCCAGUUCACAAAGAAGCCGAGGCAACAGAAGAAGGAAAGAGUACUUGAAGGCUCAAAAGAAGGAUUGUUUGAGUGAAAAGCAAGGAGAAGGAGAAGAUGAUGAUGAUGAGAAGACAGAAGUGAAGAGGAAGAUUGUGGCAUUGCAAAGGAUUGUUCCAGGUGGUGAGACUUUAGGGGUUGACAAGCUGUUUGAAGAGACUGCUGAGUAUAUAUUAGCUUUGCAGUGUCAAAUUAAAGCCAUGAGAGUUCUUACAGGCCUUAUUGAAGGCUUGGAGAAAAAGAAAAGAAAGCUUGGAGGUUGAUCAGAGACAGACUGGUUUUUUCUCAAUUGUAAUUUUUUUUUUCUUUUUGCCUAGAUGGUGAAGGAGAGCAAGAUCUCAUCCUCUUUCAUUUUUUUUUGUUUAUAGAUUUUGGUUUAUUAUGUUAACUAUUUUAAUAGCUGAAUGAAUAGGAGGAGAAGUUGUUUAGUUCUGUUAAGUGCAGAGAAAUCAGAAUCAGAAAUUAUUAGUAUUGGUAAAAGCAAAGAAAUUAUAUAUUUAAUGGGUGAUUGAAGAAUGAAGAUAAACUUGCUGGAAUCAAUUGAUUUUACAACAUCAUCUGUUGUUAUGGUGCGUUUGAUCUUGGUUGGAGCAUUGAAGUGAAGUACACUAUGUCAUGGUUUGCUUUUAUUCUGGGUGGGUGGGUAAGAGUUUACCAUUUUAAUCUUGGUGGAGUUUGAACUGCUAUCUGCUUGGAGUCUAGUUUUGGGCCAACGAUGACUUUGGAUAGGAAUUAAAAUGAACGCAUCAUUUCUUAAUUUGUAUCACCAAAAUAGAAAUUUCUAGGCCAUUGAAUCUAUGAUAAUAUAUUAAAACAGUCCCUUGGCUGCAAUUUUCAGACAACUUAGAUUUGGGUUAAAUUAUGAUUUGAAGGUUAAAGGUGGGAGUAACACUAGUUUGUGAGGUUAAUUAAGGAAAGA